GGCCGCCAUCUUGCGUACGGAGGGCAGGCUUGUAGCUCCGCUCGUGAGGCUCGGGCUUUUAGUCCCUCCCGGUCUCUGCUUUGGGUCGUGUCUCCGUGCUUCUUUCACCUUCUUUAUUGAGAGGUAAAGGUCAAUGCAGAACUGUGUUAUAAGAUGCCUUAUGGUGAAAUUGAAGCUAAAUCCAUGGGACAUGGGGAAGAACUAAUAAGUGAACCACGCUAUAAGAAAUUGAAGUCUACUGAAGAGGCAUAUGUUUUCCCCCAUCAUGGUAAUGCUAAUUUUCACAGAAAGCAAAAGAAAACUGGAAAUGAUUGGGUCCCUGUGACCAUCACUGAUGUCAGAGGACGUAGUUAUCCUCAGGAGGACAAAACCGAAACUAGAAGUUUGCUGAAACCUGUGCAUGAUGAGAUGCUUGGUAAUAGACGAGAUGUUAUUAAUUCUGUUGAUUCACAAGUUUUACAGGAUACACGUCCUCCACUGGUAUCCACAGAUGAUGAGAUAUAUAGCACAAGUAAAGCAUUUAUAGGACCCAUUUACAAACCCCCUGAGAAAAAGAAAUGUAAUGAAAGGAGGAAUCGAGCAGACACUAUCAGUGGUAUAGGUGGGAAAGGAGAACGAAAAGAGAAACAGAAAUUUAAUUAUAAAAAAUCAGAGAUUGACAAUGAAUUAUUCCAGUUUUACAAAGAAAUUGAAGAGCUUGAAAAUGAAAAAGGUGAUUCAGAAAGCAGUUGUAAGGAACGUGAACCCUCUGAGGAACAACUCAUUCCGUAUUAUCAGGGCCAUAAUAAUCUGUUAAAAUCUGAAGAAGAAAAGAGAAGAGAUCUUACCAGUGCCCUUCAGUCAUAUUGGGGUUAUCAGCAGUGUGUGGGGAAUGAGCCAGGUAAAUAUCCUUAUAAUCGACAAGUAAUACCUACCUUUUGUGACAGUUCAUUUGCUUCCUUCAGGCCUGAGUGGCAAUCAGUGCAUUCUUUUUUAGUACCACAAGACCCUCAUCUUUCCAGUUUUAACUAUCACUUAAAUAUUCAAAGAUUCAACGUUCCACCAAAUCCAUCACCAAAUAUUUUCCAUGCCCAAGAUGGCUUUCAGAUGCAAAAUGGAUAUUACGUAAAUAGUUGUCAUGUUAACUGGAAUUGUUUGACUUUUGAUCAGAACAAUGGAUAUACUGACUGUAGUGACAUUACCAGUAGUGACCAUCCCUCUAGAAAUGGCUACACUGUGCAAGAUGAAUAUGCGAAUAAUGGUUUCUGUGAAACCAGUGAAGGAUGCUGGAAAGCUCCUUCUGUGGACAAGCAUAAUCGAACUGACAGGUUUAUGAACCAGCAUUUUCAAGAGGAAAAGUUAAAUAAAUUGCAGAAGUUACUUAUUCUUUUAAGAGGUUUGCCUGGUUCUGGGAAAACAACAUUGUCUCGAAUUCUGCUUGGUCAGAGUCGUGAUGGCAUUGUGUUCAGCACUGAUGACUAUUUCCACCAUCAAGAUGGGUACAGGUAUAAUGUUAAUCAACUUGGUGAUGCCCAUGACUGGAACCAGAACAGAGCAAAACAAGCUAUCAAUCAGGGGAGAUCUCCAGUUAUAAUAGACAACACUAAUACACAAGCUUGGGAAAUGAAACCAUAUGUGGAAAUGGCCAUAGGAAAAGGAUACAGAGUAGAGUUUCAUGAACCUGAAACUUGGUGGAAAUUUGAUCCUGAAGAAUUAGAAAAGAGGAAUAAACAUGGUGUUUCUCGAAAGAAGAUUGCUCAGAUGUUGGAUCGUUAUGAAUAUCAAAUGUCCAUCUCUAUUGUAAUGAAUUCAGUGGAACCGCCACACAAAAGCACACAAAGACCUCCUUCACAGGGGAGACAGAGGUAUAUUCUUAAUGGAAUAGUUCCCCCAGCUGCUACCUGCCAUUCUGAGUUGGUCUCCAUCACAAAGAAUAAAAUGGGCAUUACUCAUCAUAUUCAACUAAGGUUAUGAAAUUUUCCAGUUUUAUAUAUUGGUAAGUUUUGAAAGAGUUCAUGAUUUCAAAGGAUAUAAAAUAUUUAUUUUGACCAUAAUUGAGUUUUUGUUAUUGUAGAAAUGUCUGGUUUUCUGAGCCUGGUUUUCUAAGUAUUUAUAAAGAAAAUUGGUGGUGUUCUCUGAAGAAAUGCAUUUGUUCAUGUAUUAUAUUAGUAUUGGGUUGGCCAAAAAGUUCGUUCAGGUUUUUCUGGGAUAGCUUACAGAAAAACCUGAACGAACUUUUUGGCCAACCCAGUAUCUUGACCAGAUAGGUUUACUAACCUUUAUUGAAGUUUUACAUAGUAUCGUAACAUGAAUGCAAUAACUGAGAAUUCAGUUAUUAGGGCUGGAGUGUUUUUGUGUGUGUUUGUCUGCAACCCAUAUAAAUAGAGUAAUGCCUCUUAGUCUGGAAUCAUAACAAAGUAUUACUUAGUUUUGUUACAAUGAGCAUUCAGAAUAAACAUUUGGUGGCAGCAGAACAGCAGAUCCAGUUAGCUGUUUAUAGAGUUAAAUUUUGUAGAUUACAAUUUAUAAAUAAUUUUUUCUCAUUACAAUUGUUUGCUGUAAUUUUUGUGAAAGGAGAAGGAUUAAUGGGUAUAUUCUUUGGUGAUGGUUGUCUUUCUUUACAAUUUAAAUAAGAUUGGCAUACCAAUUUUUAUUUUAUUUUUUGAAUUAAGGUAUUAUUAAAACAAUUGGUUUCCCUGUAUGUAUGCCAGAUUUUCUCCUUAAAAUAUCCUUAGGAUUGCAGGAAGUAGUAUUAAGUUCAUUGAAAUAGAUUCUGAAAGAGGAGUAAUUUGGUGAUUGUCUUGUGUGUCUUUUUUAUUCCUUUUUUUUUACUUUGCUAAGCAGCAUUUAAAUAAUUCAGUUGAUUCAAAUUGCCAAGGUCUCAAGUCUAAAAAAUAUUCAAUUUUUCAUGGUUUGUAAAUUUCAGAGCAAACCUUGAAAAGUUUAUAAUUAUGAUUUUUGCAGCUAAAAUCAGAAAACUUGUAAUAGAAUGGUUAUACUUUACAUUCAAUAUCUUUAUGUAGACUGCACUGAAUGGCAUAAUUUUUGUCAUAGAACAUACAUGUGUGUAAACUCAAUUUUGAAUGUACUCCUAUGGAAAUUCUUAAUACAUUGUUGCUGUCAAAUUAUGCACAGGAACAAGGGGAAAGAGUAGCAAAAAAAACUCUGAAAAGAGAGCCUCAAGAGUAAAUAGUUAUUUUUGAAGCUAGGACUGUGUUUGGAGAGUUUUGACUUUUUGGUAUCUUUAAUAGAAGUUUAUUUUAGUCAUUUAAAUUAGAAAUAAUCUUUUUCUUUCCUUUCCUCCUAACAAAUUUUGUUAAGCCAUACUGUGACCCCUAAUCUUAGAACUAGACAAAGUCACAUUAACAAGCAGGUGAAUGACUGAAGACGUCAUCGGGGAGUGUUGUCUAGUUGUUAAUAUUCCCAUAGUGUUUUUUAAAUUGAACUGUUUGUAAAUUAAUGGGAAGAUUGAGAGAUUUUGAGAUGACCUAUUGCGCUUUUUGCCUCUCAACUUUAUUGGUAACUAAGGGGAAAAAAGUAAGAAUAAUCUGUUCAUUCAUAGUUAAAAUUGUGUUCAAGUUCAGUACAGUCCAUUAAAAUACACUUUAUUUGGAUUUUUUUUUUUUUUUUUUGCAGUUUCAACUGUAUUCUCAGAUAGGACAUGUAAAAUUAAAGUUGUACCCUACAACUAGUAAUUACAAUAAUCGCACAGCUUUGUUAGUGUCUCUUCAGUUGUAAUUCUGGACUCUUCAGUUUUUUUAGUAUAUCAAAAUGAAAGAAAAUUUGAUUCGGGGGAGGUUUGUGGGUUCUCUCUCUUCUUUUAUUCUUCUUUCUUUUUUAUUCUUUCUUAAUAGUAUUAGAAAUCAUGUUGCUUUCUUGUUUUUAUCAGUCUUUUCCUGUACAUGUUUUCUUUUUCUUAUGUGCAUUUUCUGUUCGGCUAUCCUCAUGUUAACUUCAUAACAUUUUUAAUGAAGAUGAUGGGAUGGUAAGUUACUGUCAAAAAUGGUGAUAACUUAUUUCCCUCCUGUGUUCCACUGAACUCAUGUUUCCUUAUGAACCUUAUUUAAUCAUGUUAAACUUAUAGGUCACAGCUUUGCAGUUUCCUGACCCUGUGGUAUAGGUAGAAUUUUGAUAUGAAAAUACUUGGAAAGAUUUAUAUAGAUUUUUAGUCUAUCAGUGUUACUCAUUGGUUAGGAAUCCCAUAAACAUGGCGUAGUACUUGGAUGUAUGUAUUUGAGAAAAAAUUCUUUUACAAUACUCAAGCCUCAUGCUGAUAGACUAGUUGAUAAAUAGUAGUUGGAAAUUCACUGUUACGGAAUCCACUGUUAUGUCAUGAUUCUCUAAUCUGCCAUUCUUAAAGAACUGAAUGCUUUUGAAGGAAAGCUGAUGGCUAAUUUGAGUUCAGCUUUUACAAGUGAUUCUUCAUUUCUCCAGUGCUGCUACAAUGAGGAAUAGGAAUUUAACAGCAACAAACCUUAAUUUAAUAAUACUUAUUUAAGUAGCUGCCAUUUAGUUAAUGCCUGUCAACGCCAGGCCCUAUUCUAAAUGUGAUUUAUUACAGUUUCUAAUUUUUUUAUAACGACUGUACAGUCUCAAAUUUUUUAUAAAGAGGAAACAAAAACUAACACAGUUUAAGCAAUUUAUCCUAUGAACAUAAUAUCUCUAGGGAGCAGUGUUAACUGGGAUUCAAAUAUAGUUCAGACAUAUUCCUCACCAUAUCCCAUUUUAUCUUUUAAACCACAUUUUAUCUUUGGUUAAGUUAUUAUUAAUUUAGGGUGGUUUUUUUUUCAAGGUAGGAAAGAAAUUCCAGUGGAGAGUUGAGUGCAUCUUUAUGGUACCUUUGAAUUUAUAGGGUUAGAGGUAUGUUGACUUACUAGUGAAGCUGAGUGAAGAAAUCUGUAAGUGGCUAUUUAUUUAGAAUGUUUAAUUGAAGUCAGGAUUGAAAGCUAGGAUGUCAUUUACCGUAUAAACGUUUUCUAUAAAAUAUACAUUGAUAAUUGAUAAUCAUAUUUCAGCAACAUCUUUUCAAUUGAAGUUUUACAUAUGCUGUUGUGCUUUAAUGUUUACCUUUAAUAUCUCCUGAUUUUAAUUAGCACUUGAAAUGUGUAGUAUUCAGUGAAUGGAUUGUUAAAUUAUAUAAGCUGUUUGUUUUGAUGAUUAAUUUUGAGGCAGUAUUUCCUAAACAGAUCAACACUAUUUGUAAGUGGUCUUAGUGUAUUUUUCUUUUAAUGUUCACUUAUUACUUAAGUGUGCUAGCAGUAGCUGUUACGGAAAUUACAUCAGUUUUCUGAUUUUCUGAAGAAUUAAGGAUUUUUUCCUUUUGUAAUAAUUAGCAUCCUUUCUCUUAUGUUGUUUAAAUUAAUUUUCUAAAAUUAAAGAACAGUAAAGGAGCCAGUUACUUAAGUUUGCUGUAUAAAUAAAAUAUUGAAUUAAUUCGAUUCUGCAAGGAAAACCUUUAAGUACAGAAUGAAGAAUUCUUACUGUUGACUAUUUGCCUUAUUUUGUUUUAGUUAACUUAAAAAAUAGAAGGGCUGGAUCUUGUUUGGUUUUUCUUAAUUCCUUGAGAAAUUAAAAUUCCUAGUUUGUGGCUUUUUUCAUUAUUGUUUCUAAAUGUGAAAUCAGAGGUGGAAUUUUUGUUAGAAUGGGGAAGAAAUAACAUUGAUUUCAUAAGUAGAUUAAGAUAGAUUUUGGUUCACAAAACUGGAAAGCAGUACGUCAUGGGAUUGAGAUUAUUGGAAUAGUGUAUAAUGUAACACUGGCAAAGAUGUGGUUAAAAUAUUUCAUUUUGAAUAUAAGUAAAUUGAAGUAUUUACAGGAAAUGUGUUAGGAGGCCUGGGCUAGACAUUUUGAAUUAAUUUAAAAGUAGUGAGAAAAAAAUUUUUUUUUAAUUUUGGGGAAUGAUAGGAAAGAAAUUGUUAAAGCUAGAAGACUAGUGGUCUCAAAAGUGAUAUUUCUCCCUCCCCAUCUUCCCUUUGCUGUGUAAAGACUAGUAGAGCCCAGGUAUUACAUUAAGAAAGAUUAUCUUGUACCCUUAAGGGCCAUGAAAGCAUGGUCUUCCUUGUCUUGUGUUUGGAGCUUUAAUGAGUCCAUAAAUAUUUGUUGAAUAUUAGUCCUAGUCUUCUCCUGAGAAUAGUCAACAACCUCUUGAAAUUAAGGACCCAUUCAUCUAAAUAGAGCAACUUUAUAGGGCAGUUUGUAAUUUAGGAAACAUGGAAAUAUAGAGUGUGAAUUAGUUGUGUUUGAUACUUGCUAGGAGAGAGAGUGUCCAGGCAGAGAGGAAGGCUUAUCCAUUUAACUUGUUGUAGCUAACACCAUCAGAGACUUGUUUGAAGUUUUUGAACCUCACUAGUAGUCCUUAGAAUUGUUGUUUAUGAUCAAAAAAUUAAAUACUAGAAUACAGGUAAGUAGAGCAACCUUGAGACUUUUGAUUUUCUAUUUCUUUUAGGGUCAUUUAGAGCUUAUUUUCUUAUUUUUUGCUUUAACACUUCUAUUCUUACUCUUAACUUUCCCCAUGAGAUUUCAUCAUUUCUCACUUGGACUUAGUAGUCUCCCCACUUUUAUCUUUGCCACCCUAUAAUUUUAUCCACAGAAUAACUAGAGAAAACUAUAAUUAAAAAAAUUUUUUUUUACCAUAAAUUAAAUCCCUCCCAGGGACUUCCCUGGUGGUGCAGUGGUUAAGAAUCCGCCUGCCAAUGCAGGAGUCACGGGUUCGAGCCCUGGUCCGGGAAGAUCCCACAUGCUGCGGAGCAGCUAAGCCCGUGCGCCACAACUACUGAGCCUGCGCUUUAGAGCCCGCGAGCCACAACUGCUGAGCCUACGUGCCACAACUACUGAAGCCUGUGCGCCUAGAGCCCGUGCUCUGCAACAAGAGAAGCCACUGCAAUGAGAAGCCCAUGCACUGCAACUAAGAGCAGACCCCGCUCGCCGCAACUAGAGAAAGCCCGCGCACAGCAACAAAGACCCAACGCAGCCAAAAAAUAAAUAAAUUUAUUUUUAAAAAAAUUACAUCCCUCCCUGCUUAAUUAUACUAUACAUGAUCUGGCCCUUGGCUUCUUCCCUGACCCUGUCUUGUACCCCUCUCCUCUUCAUUUACUACAUUUCAUCUAUACUGGUCUUUUUGUCUGUUCUUCAGAUAUGCUAAGCUUAUUCUUGCUUUAAGUGCUAGCUGUUUUUUUUGCUCUGUAUUUUUUCUGUUCUUCCUAUGCCUAGCAUAGUUCUCAACAUUCAGGUUUCACCUCACAUGUCACCUCCAUAGAGAACCUUCCCUGACUAUUCCAAUCUAAAAUAAAGUAACCCCACCCCUGUCACUCUGUUACAUUGUCCUGUUUUGUUUUCAUCAUAGUAGCUAUUAGUAGUUGAAGUUAUCUUUUUUAAUACUGAUUUGUUGGGAGUCUUUUGAAGUAGAAUAUAAGUUCCAUGAGAACUUGUUUAUUUUGUUCUUAGCUCUAUCCACAGAACCUAAAGCAGUGCCUGUAAUACUGUAGGAGCUAAAAAAUAUGGACUGAAUGAUUUUAUACCCAUUGCUUCUAUUAAUAGUAUUACUCCCCAAAUGUGUUUUCUUCUUAAACCUGUCCUCUGCUCUCCAGCCUAUAUACUUAACUGCCUACCUGACUUUCCUACUUUUAAGCCUGAAAAGUUGAACCUGUGAUCUUCUCACUUGUCUAUGGAACUCCAGGAUUUUUUUUGCAUAGCAAAUGGAUCUACCAUCUAUCUAUUUUUGCACACCAGAUACUUGAGAGUCUUCUUUGAUCCCUCCUUUCCCCCUUCAUAUUGUCCAUCAACUGGGGUCUUUGAAUUUUGCCACUUAAUUACCUCUUGAAUCUCUCCAUUUUUGACUGCCAUCUUUCUAGUUUGAAUUAUCAUCUCUUCCUGAGACUGGGGUCCCCACAUCAGUACUUGCUCUGUUCUAGCCCUUUUUCUCCACAAUCUAACAAGACUGAAGUAUAAUGUACAUAUUAAAGAGUGCUUAAAUUAUAAGUGUAUAUAGCUCAACAAAUAUUCAUGAAGUGAACAUAUCCAUGUAACCAGAAUCCUGCUCAAGAAGUAGAACAUUACCAGCAAAUUAGAAACCCUCAGUGCCCCCUCCUUUCCAAAGUGAUCUUUGUAAAAGGAAAAUAUGAUCAUGCAUAAAACCUUUCAGGUGCUUCCCAUUGCUGUUAGAAUAAAGACCAAAAACCAUAAUGUGGUUGAUGUGGCCCCUGCUUUCCUAUCCAACCUCAUGUUUUGUUACUCUUCCUACUUUCUGUUUUCCAGCCUUACUGGCCACCUCUCAGUUCCUUGAAUGUGCUGUUUGUUCCUUCUUCCUGGAAAGUUCUGUGUGCACACACCCCUUCCAUACUCAUCCUUCAGAUUUGAGCUCUUCAAGGAAACCCAAAUUUUUGGACAUAGCAGGCUUGGUGAGGUCCAAAAUAUAUAUUAUAUGCUCUCAUGUACUUUUUCUUUAUUAAUUUGUAUGAGUGUAUGAUUAUUUCCCCUCCCUUCAUUUUUAAGCACCAUGUGUCAGAGGUUGUUACCAUUGUAUGGUCAUCAGCACAAUGAAAAAGCAGUAUUCAGUAUUCAUACAACAAGUGAAUAUGGGUAGUCUCAGCUUAUUCUGGGCUGAAUUGUGUUCCCUCAAAAUUUCAUGUGUUGAAAUCCUAACCCCCAGUAUUUAUGAUGUGACUAUUGUUAGGAUAUAGGACCUUUAAAGAGGUAAUUAAGGUAAAAUGAGGUCAUGUGAUUGAACCCUAACCCAAUAUGAUGGUGUCCUUACAAGAAGAGGUGAUUAGGACACACACAAAAAGGGAAGACCUUGUGACAACACUGGAUGAAGACAGCCAUCUACAAGCCAGAGAGAGAGGCUUUUGAAGAAACCUACCCUGCUGACAUCUUGAUCUUGGACUUCUAACCCCCAGAAUUGUGAGAAAGUUAAUUUCUGUUGUUUAAGCCACCCAGAAUGUGAUACUUUGUAGCUUUGGCAAACACAGAUUUUGGUACUGGGAAGUGGGAUGCUACUCUAACAAAUACCUAAAAAUGAAAAAGUGGCUUUAGAACUGGGUAUGGUAGAGGCUGGAAGAGAUUUGAGCUUCAUGUUAGAAAAAGCCAAGGUUGCCUUCAGCGAUUGUAGGUAGAAAUAUGGACGUUAAAGGUGAUUCUGGUGAGGGUUCUGGGGCGGUCAAUAAGGCUUCUGUCACUUAAGAGAUAGACCUAUAUGAUCAUGAACAGAGUUUGGUAGAAAUAUGAAAAGGGUGCUUCUGGUAAGGUCUCAGAUGGAAAUGAGCAUGUUAUUGGAAACUGGAGGAAAGGCAGUCAUGUUAUAAAGUGGCAAAAAACUUGGCUAAAUUGUGUUUCAGAGGUUUGUGGAAAAUAGAACUGGUAAGUGAUAAAUUUGGAUAUUUAACAGAUUUCUAGGCAAAGUGUUAAAGGCAUGGCCUGGUUUCUCCUUGCUCUUAUAGUAAAAUGCAAGAGGACAGAGAUAAUUGAAGAAAGAAUCGUUAAGCAAAAUGGAACCAGAAACUUGAAGAUUUGGCAGUUCUCAGCCUAUGCAUGUUGCAAAAAAUUAGAAAGUAUGUUCUGGAGACAACAUCAAGGCAGUUGCUAGACAACCAUUUGCUAAAGGGCGUAUGGGCAUGUGACUUAUGGAUUCAUUAAACUAACUCAGUGAGACCAGAGAUGGGGAUAUGGCAGCAGAAACACUGCCAGCUUGGACUGAAAGAGACAGGACAGGAUGAUGAAGGAAGGCUGUCAGACUUCUGAGAUUCUACAAGACAAGUCACUAGAGCUAUCUGUGGUGAUCUGGCGUAAGCAUAUGUUGUCCUCCAAGAAAAGAAUAGAAUGACCCUGAAGGCAAUUCAGAGGUUGGCAGGGUUGCCAUUGCCACCAUGGGAUCAGAGCCCCAAGCCUGAGGGAGUGAGGCUACCACCUUGGUCAGCCUGGAAGGCAGGGCCUCUAGCCCAGUGGACCCAGAGAACACAGCAUGGAGCCAAAGAUUAUUAUUUAUUAUUAAAGAUUAUUCUUCAGCCUUAAAAUAUAAUGGAAUUUGCCUUAUUGUAAACUUGCUUGGGACCCAUCAUCCCUUCUUUCUGAUUUUUCCCUUUGGGAAUGGGAAUGCUAUCCCACCAUUAUAUUUUGAAAGCAGGUAAGUUGUCUAGAGUCACAGGUUCACAGCUGGAGAGGAAUUUUGCCUCAGGAUGAAUCAUAUCUCAAGUUCACCCAUACCUGGUUUAAAUGGUAUUUAGAUAAGAUUUUUGGACUUGAUGCUAGAAUGGGUUAAGACUUUGCAGGCUGUUGGAAUGGGGUGAAUGUAUUUUGCAUGUAAGAAGGACAUUAAUUGGGGGGCGCAGGAGAGUGGAGUGUUAAUGGGCUGAAUUAUGUCUCCUCAAAAUUUGUAUGUUGAGGUCCUAACCCUCAGUACCUCAGAAUGUAACUGUAUUUGAAGAUAACACCUUUAAAGAGGUAAUUAAGAUCAUAUGGAUGGGCUCUAAUCCAAUAUGACUGGUGUCCUUAUAAGAAGAGAAGAUUAGGACACAGACAUACACAAAGGGAAGACCUAUGAAGACACUGGCGGAAGAAGACCAUACACCAGCCAAGGAGAGAUGCCUUAGAAGAAACCAACGCUGCAGACACCUUGACCUCAGACUUCUAGAAUUGUGAGAAAAUAAACUUGUUUAAGCCACCCCGUCUGUACUUUGUCACAGCCCUAGGAAACUAAUACGCAGCUAUUAUACUAGCUAGUUGAGAGGGACUUGUGAGCCAUUUCCUUCUCUCUUCUGCAGUUCCUUUAUGUGUAAAAUGAGGGCAUUUGACUGGAUCAGUGGUUCUUAAUUUUUAAUUUAAUUCAAAGCUUUCUGAAAAUGGAAUGUGUUUCAUUAAGAAAUGUAUAGUGGGUCGCCUGACACUGUGAGUUGUUCACAGCGCAACCGAGUUCCGUGUUUCAGACUAUACCUUUGAGGUACCUCAGAUUGUCAUGAAGAGCAGAAACCACUUUUAGUAGAGCACAGAGUGUUAUUUUAUUUUUAUUAUUAUUAUUUUUGGGUUGCGCCGGGUCUUGGUUCCAGAAGGUGGGCUCCUUAGUUGUGGCACACGAACUCUUAGUUACGGCAUGCAUGUGGGAUCUAGUUCUCUGACCAGGGAUCAAACCCGGGCCCCCUGCAUUGGAGUGCAGAGUCUUAUCCACUGCGCCACCAGGGAAGUCCCUAGAGCACAGAAUUUUAAAUUCCAGAAUUUGAAGAAAAGUUGUAGCUCUUGCAACUUGGGCAAGUCACUUAAUUUUCUGAAACUUUUCCCUGUAAUUAAAUGAGAAUACCUUCUCAAUCUAUAACAGGGUUAUUGGAUGGAUUAAGUGAGCUGAGUAGGUUAGAAUUUCAGCUGAAGUAACUCAUGUGCUGGCCUUGAAAUUCUGUUGUUUUGUCUGCCUUUUGAUGAUAUCACCUCUUUAUACACUAGGGAUGGGCAGAGAAGGAAACACCAACUGGUUGAUUUUUAUACUAGUUAGAAAUGCUAGGAGAGAUCUAGAAGGAUAAAGCUUGAUUUUUUGGUUAUUAAAUUUAUCAAAGAUACUCAUAUUCCUUAUUAGCAUAAGCAGUCAGGAAUUAAGCUGUGUAAUACCUCAAAACAAUUUGUGAUAAUGCAUGUGCUUUUUUGUUAUGAAUACUGGCACUGUUUUUUCACCUGAGUGGUAUGGGCUGUUGGUAUGAUCAGGUCAAUUUGAUAUUCUCAUUUUUACUGACAAAUUUGGUAUGAUUAGUUUCACAGAGCAGACCACACGAACCCAUUUCUUUAAAAGAAAAAACUUUUUUUUGGUUUUAACGUCAGGUGUAAUAAAAGUAAGGAACCUUUCCCCACCACUCUUGGUUUUCACAAAAACAUUUUUCCUCUUGUUUUUCAUCAUGGCUUCUAUGUAAUGUUCACGUGACAGUAUGAUAUCAGCUUACCUGUAGUUAUGUGACACUGUUAGUUAAUUGCACCCUAGGCUUCUAUGAAAUGAGUCAUCCAAGAUGGGAACAUCAGUUUAAGUGGAUGUCAGCUUUCUAUUUUUGUAGUAGUUAGGGAAGUGACAGAGUUAUCAACAAGAUUCAGUAGAAAAAGGGGAAGAAGGCGUAUGGUGGAGGGUCAGAGAAGUAGUUUGUAAUAUUUUAAAGUAUAAUUACUAGUGUCUCAUCUGUUUAUUAUUUUAUUUUAAUAAAUUUAUUUUUAUUUAA